AUGGCCUAUAACGUGCAUACUCUGAUCACAGAGACCCAGGAUAUCGCAGCCAAAGGCCUUCACGAUGUUAAACCACCUGUUGAGGUCCCGAGCACCUCCAUCGAUAAGCCUCAAUCGCAACCCAAGAUCCGCAGCAAAUACCGGCAUGUUGCAGCUCUGCAUUCCAAAGUCCGACCGUCAUGUCUCAGCCAUGAAGGGACAGAGACACCGAGCUUUAUUGGAUUCCGCAAUCUCAUGGUCUUGACGAUCAUUGUCAUGAACCUGCGGUUGGUCAUUGAGAACGCCAGAAAAUACGGCCUCCUAAUCACGCUGAAGUCGAACCUUCGGAGUCAGGACAUCAAGAUUGCUCUGGCCCUCUAUGCUCUUACGCCAUGUCACCUUUUUGUUGCCUACAUUGUCGAGAAAGUAGCUAUGGAAAAUGCUAAAGGAGCCAUUGGAAGGCGCAAGAAGACAGACCCAGACGCGAAUAAAAAGCCUGAGACGGAGAAGCAGACAAAAGAAUUUCUCAAUACUUGGUGGUGGAUCGCUGUUGCGCACACCUUGAAUGCUUCACUUGCGUUGCUCAUCUCAAGCUUCGUGGUCUAUUACUGCAUUCACAAUCCCGGCCUAGGGGCGAUCAGUGAGCUCCACGCUAUUGUGGUGUGGCUCAAGACCUGCUCCUACGCCUUCACGAAUCGAGACCUCCGGCAUGCUAUGUUGAACCCUGGCGGUCCUGAAUCGGCUCUGCCAGAGAUUUACUCAGAAUGUCCUUACCCCCGCAACAUCACCCUUCCUAACCUAUGUUACUUUUGGUGGGCACCGACACUGGUCUAUCAGCCAUAUUACCCACGCACCGACCGAAUCAGAUGGAGUUUCUUCCUCAAACGGGCUGGAGAAGUCAUGGCCCUGAGCGUCUUUAUCUGGCUCACAUGUGCACAAUACGCCGUUCCGGUCCUGCGCAACUCGCUCGACGGCAUGGCAGUCCUCGACUUCUCUUCGAUUGCGGAACGACUGAUGAAGUUGUCGACUAUAUCGUUGAUUGUCUGGCUCGCUGGCUUCUUCGCCCUGUUUCAGUCAUUCCUCAAUGCCCUUGCUGAGAUUAUGAUGUUUGGCGAUCGAGUCUUUUACGAAGAUUGGUGGAACAGCACCAGCUUACGGAUGUACUGGUCUACCUGGAAUAAGCCUGUCUAUCACUUCAUGCGGAGACAUAUCUACUCCCCUCUGGUCGGCCGCGGCUGGUCAUCCCGAGCAGCCAGUGCGUUGGUCUUUGUGUUUUCAGGACUCCUCCACGAGCUUGCUGUCGGAGUGCCUUCCCACAACAUCCUCGGAGUGGCUUUUCUUGGGAUGGUGCUGCAGUUGCCCCUGAUCCAGAUUACAGAUCCUCUGGCAAAGAUGGAUGGGACCGGCAAAGUGGUUGGUAACUGUAUCUUUUGGAUCAAUUUCGUCUUCGUUGGACAACCACUGGCUGCAAUGAUCUACUUUUUUGCUUGGCAGGCAAAGUUUGGAGAGCUCAGCAGGGUACGAAGCUAG